GAGAGCGCUGGAGUAACGAUCUUGCUAUAAUAGCAAAAAUCGUCCUAUUAUUUUUCCCUUGAAUUAUUAUACUUCACUAAGCAGCACUUUGUGAAAACAGUUAAAUUUUAUCAGUGAAUCAUUUUGUUUUUCUACUUGUGUAACUCGGAUUUUAUAAUUCAUUAAGAGUGUGGAGUAUUGAAACUUUCUUCAACUUAAUUCAUUGAUCAGGGAGCACUUCGAUCACCUUUAGUUCUGUUGUUGGAAAUAGAUAACGCGAUUCGUUCAUACUAACGGUACCAUCAAUCAAAAUUUCUGUGGACUUAACAGAUAUUUAUAAUCAUCUACGCAAUUUUCAGGACCUUCUGAAUGUUUUGGCAAGCCGCUCCUGAUCAGGGACAUGCAUAGAUCCACCCUCGGUCGGCGCGGGUCAUGGAUUUGCUAGCCCCACACCACCCUUCUCAAGAGUCGAGUCUCUGGGAGUCAUCCACCUGCCCUGCUGACGCAGCAUCGGACAGGUCGACGCGCGUCAGGAUAUACCUCAGCAGCGCCGUCUGCAGACCAGUGCCGGAACAUCCAAGCAUUACGUCAAAACUCUCCACCGCCACGGUGCCAGAAAACCCCUUUAAUUCCUCCUGAUAUAUAAAUAAUUAUCUGCUAUCACACUUGUUGAAACAACGCUCUGCGUAGAUUGAUACUCAAAUUCUGUUUAACGUUGUAUUUUUUUUUUAAAGUUAUUCCUAGACGUUUCUAGUAAAUGCUGAGUUAUUUAUUUAUUUAUCUGAUGAUACUCAAGCUAAAUUUAGAACAUAUAUUACCCUGUGUUAGAAGUUGGCUCGAUAAUUAAACUUUUAUCAGUCGUGAUCCAGAAUCAUUCCACAUAUGCUGUCCGGGUCAGUAUAGUACAUCUUCAUACUGAAAGCUAGAUGUCCUAAUUUUAAUUAAGGUAUUUAAUCCAAUUACCGUAAUUUUAUUCAUUUUCAAUCUACCUCAUCAAUAUUUAUAUAUAAUUGAUCUUUGAAAAAAGAAGGAUUAAUUUCCGAACACCAUCGAACACAUGUACUUGGCCUUGAACUUGAAGACAGCGCAGAGGCCACCGUUACUCGUUGAACCGCCUCAAUGGUUGGCCAGCAGCUGUUCGGCUUUACUGACAGUCCGCGAGAACCCCAGCACUUCCGGUCAUGUGAUCACGUCUCCUUACCUCAACUACCUGAAGUGACGCAAACUCAACAGCCAACCUCUGCGACCCAUCAGCAGACGACCACUACGUCACAUCCGCUGGAUACGUCACGUGCUUCAUCAGUCUGCUGCAGCUCCGAGCAUGGCAGGUUGAUCCACGCCCUCCCCCCUCACGACGAUCUAACAGGACCCCACACUUUUCCACGACAACCAACCCAAAAACUAAAAAUACAAGGCGCGCAGCCCAGUGGGAGUCUCCCUCCCACACCGGCACCCACCCCCGAGAGAGCAGCCGACAGUUUGCCAUCCCAGCGCGGGUCGGGGCUAAGGAGAUGCUAUCAAACCUUCCUCUUUCUCUAGUGAACUACUCGAACCUAGCCGUGUCGCCGUCACCGCUCUCGUCACUACCUUCAUCGCCAUUAUCGUCACCGUCAUCAUCAUCGUGUAAACUCGGAUCUUACCUGCUUCUCCUGAUCAUGGCGGCCCUACUGCUACCCCGGGCGACCGGCCACCCCCUCCCUGACGCCUCCCGAAAGACCGGCUUCGAUCAGAGUGACGGUUUUCACAUAGAUUUUCCCCAGGGGGACGAGGCCCCGCGCCCGGGGGGAGUGACACACUCGCUCCCCAAGGACUGGAGGCUUCAGCCCCAGGAACGCUAUUACUACUUACGAGCGAUGAACGACCAAUACCUACAGAUUAAAAACGAUAGCAUUACUGGAACUUACUCGAAUGGGAAGCCUAGUAAAUACGGCAUCCUCCAGUUCAUCUCCCACAACAACAGCCUCUUGAUAUCCAGCGCCGAUUCGCAUCAGCUCAUCUGUAUGAAUAAGGAAUCCCAACUCUACCUAGUACACAGGAAAGAGUUUAACGACAACAAAGAGUGCUACAUCCACGAGAGCAACAACGAUGCCGAGGGUUCUGCGAGUGCCACCUACGAGUUCACGCUCUACCGGACCCCCCACCGGCACCUGUACCUAGGCAUCGACUGCCAGGCCCUGCUAGGGUCUGAGACCAACAGCACCGAGAAGACGACACGCUUCAUCACGGAGCCGGCCAACAAAGCACUCAUCCGGCAUCCCCCAGAGCCGGAGGACAAUACCACGCACAAGUGUAUCCCCCAGAAAGAGAUAGACAGGAAGCUGCGUCUAAAAAAGGAGAAAAAGUUCAAAGCUAAGGUGUGUCGAAAUUUAAUUCGCCUGGCGAAGAACGUCACUGAAUCCUUGACCAGAUGCAGACUCAAAUGUGCUCAGACCAAGAACUGCAUGUGCCCGAUACUUGAAAGGAUGUUGGCCUCCCCCAAUGACACACAAGUAGAUUGUCUGGCGAGCAAGAUUAAAAAAUGGGUUGUGAAGCGAGGUAAAACACCAAACAUGAGAGUAAUUAAGCGAGUAGCCCGGCGGCUACUUCCUGGCUAUUCACGUAUAGCCCGGCGCAUGCGCUCUGAGUGGAAGAAGAAACAUUCACCACAAACAGCCACAAACAAACAAAUAAACAAACAAAUAAACAAACCAACCAGCAAACCUCGAGGAGUGAUCAAAAUAAAUAAACUGCUAAGAAACCAUACAGCAGAACUGUCGGCUGACAAGCCGGACAAACUUAAGGACGAUUUUAUCAAAGGUAUUAAAAAACUGUUGGAUACAAAGUCGAAACGGAGACAAAGACAGCGAAAGAGGAAGGUCCACAAAAGGCGACGCCACAACAAGAAUCGUUCCAGGAGAAGAGAACAACGUUUAGCACAGAAGGAACUGCCGGCACGGCUGGAGCGGGAUGCCAGACACCCUCAGCUGUCCGCUCCCCCGGGCUAAGGCUCGCCUGACACUGUGUCAUUGUUCCCAUUACGACAGCUGAGCAAGCUAUGUCAUUGUUCCCAUUACGACAGCUUAGCAAGCUAUGUCAUUUCUUUAGUUUCUGGAAGCAAACAGUUUAUCGGCGACUCCUCUGGCAGAGGUUCUUCAGGUGAGGGGAGGAAAAAAACUUACCACGUUCAAAUCUUACCGCUCGCCACUUCCCUGCUCACCUGCACGCUGGACCAGAGUGAGUACUGCUUCAGAAAAAAACACGUGUAAACAACGGAACUCUCCACAUGUGCUCUACUGAUCUCAGCCAACCGUCACGUGCCCAGUGUGGAGGAAACCCCGCUCACACACCAUCCGAUGGAACAACAGCAUUUUGAAUGAACUCACCAGCCUCAGACGUGUGACAUGGGCGGGUGACGUCACUCGUGUAUAUUCGGUGGAUGACGUCACGCGGGUAAAUUGGGUGGAUGACAUCACACGUGUUAAUCGUGUGAAUGACGUCACAGGUGUUGAUCGUGUGAAUGACGUCACAUGUGUAAUUAGCUGGAUGACGUGUAGCAGCUGACCAUUAGGCCAGUCAGUGACAUGAGUGUGUUGACGUCUGAUGCGUUGAUUAGGAGGACCGUGGUCAGAUAUGUAAAUUAAGUGGAUGACGUCACACGUGUGAACCGAGGUGUGUAGAUCAGAUAUGUACAUUAAGUGUGACGUCAGAUGUAAAUUAGAUGAAAAACUUCCGACUUUGUAAAUUAGAACAGUCACGAACUAUGUUAUGUGUGUGUGUUCUUAAAACAAAAAAUCAUCCCAAAUGACAUAUAGACACAUGUCCAUCAUCCCAAAUGACAUAUAGACACAUGUCCAUCUUCCUAUUUGACAUAUAUAGACAUUUAGCACUGUUUUCAUAUAGCAAUAGACACACUAUGAGUAUAUCAAACUAUAUAUGUAUGACCUUGAGUACCUUACCAGCAGAAUUGAUGUUGAAUCAAACUAAAACUAGAGACCGACAUUUGGGUAAAUUGCGACCCUAACAUUGGGGACUUUCGCGUGUGUAUUAUGUACAUUCAAUCAAGUAUUACUUUGAUGAUAUCAAAUAUGUUAUGUACAAAUUGUUUUGUUUGCUUUGUGUAAAGAGGGAGGGGGGUAUAUUUUAGUAUAUACUGAGUGACAUUAGUCUAUGUGCCGAUAUAAGUGCACGAAUGGAUUUGGUUUUUUAAUCUAGAGGUGGGGUGAUACGUAGGUGGUCAUAAGCAGAGUGUUGAAUUUAGAUAAGGUGACACUUAGAUGAGCUUAGGCUAGGUGACGCAAAUGUGAACUUAGAGUCACAGAGUUGAACAUGGUGUCAGGUGACUUGAACAAGGUGACACCAAAACAUUCAGUGCACACACAAAGCCAUAUAUAUCAUCCGUAAUGUUUUUAAAUAUCCAGUCGAAUACUGCCCUCCAUAUUUAAUCCUUGUAUUGAGAUGUUAUAAAGCUUUAUAAAAAUCAAUCGUAUUCUGGUAUCGUUAUGUGUUUGAAAUCGAUCAACAACAGCGUCUAGCAUCGAUUUAGAUAAAAUAGAAACCAGUCCCAAAAUCCCCAAGCAUUAGCUAAUUUUUAAUUAGUUAAACCCUCCCUACUUAGCAAUUUACAGAUAACAUCAUAAGUAAGGGGUUUUUUUUUUUUUUAAAAAGGUGUGCAAUGAUUUUUUUUUCUCAGAAAAUCAUUUUGAGAAUCGAAAUGUUUAAUUACUUGACCUAUUGCUGUCAAAGGUCAAGGAGCUCAGUUUAAAGUACUCAAAUGUUACGAAAUUUGUUUGCACUGUUACAGAAAUUUUCAAAGUGAUGUGUUACAAUCACGUGACCAGCCGUGCUCAUGUUUAUUGCCAUGUUUCGAUCUUCAGUCUUCGUCGAGUGUAAUAUGAGUAAACAUAGGAUUGUAGUAAGGAAAAACUGUAAUGAAUAUUUUUUUUUCGUUGCUCUCAUAAUUACAGUUGCUGUUGACGUUACUGUUUGAUUUGUAAGUAUAUAAUAUUAAUAAAAAAAUUGAU